AUACAUAUUACUCCAUCUCUUUCUGCACUUUCAUUUAUUAUUCUCCCCAUUCUUGUUUUUACUGUGAGAUUCAUUAAUUAACAAACAAGAACAUGGAGUGGUGGGUGUCAAUGCCAAAGGUGGAGUUGCAUGCUCAUCUCAAUGGAUCCAUUAGAGACUCCACACUCCUAGAACUCACAAAGGCCUUAGGUGAAAAGGGUGUUAUAAAUUUCUCUCAAGUGGAGCAUAUCAUCAUGAAGUAUAAUCGCUCCGUUAAAGAAGUAUUCCAGUUAUUUGACCUCAUACGCAUUCUUACCACCGAUCAUGCUAUUCUUACAAGAAUCACCAGAGAGGUGAUUGAAGAUUUUGCGUCAGAGAAUGUGGUGUACUUGGAGUUAAGAACUACUCCAAAGAGGAAUGAUGCCAUAGGAAUGACCAAAGGUUCCUAUUUUGAGGCAGUAUUAGAAGGUCUAAGGUCGGUUACUUCGGUAGAUGUGAAUUUUAUUCCACACGAUAAAGAAGAUUCUAGAACUCUUUUCAGUCCUAACAAUGGAAGUUCUAGAAAAAGAAUAUAUGUUAGGCUUUUGUUGAGCAUUGAUCGGAGGGAGACAACGGAAGCAGCCAUGGAAACCGUCAAGCUUGCACUAGAAAUGAAGCAGUUUGGCGUCGUCGGAAUCGACCUCUCCGGAAAUCCACUUGUUGGUGACUGGAAUACUUAUUUGCCGGCACUAAAAUUCGCUCGCAAUCAAGGCCUUUAUGUAUCUCUUCAUUGUGGCGAGAUACCGAAUCCUAAGGAGAUUCACCAGAUGCUUGAUUUUAAGCCUGAGAGAAUUGGCCAUGCAAUUUGCUUCGAAAAGGAACACUGGGAAAUCCUCAAGUCUUCCAAGAUUCCGGUUGAAAUCUGUCUGACGUCAAACAUUAGGACAUUGACGGUUCGAUCAAUACAAGUUCACCAUUUUGUUGGUUUGUACAAGACAAAACAUCCCGUAGUCCUCUGCACCGAUGACUCCGGCGUGUUUUCCACCUGUCUCUCGAAGGAAUAUAAGAUUGCUGCCGAUGCAUUCGUCUUUACAGGGCUGGGAAAGAGGGAAUCCUUUGAAUUAUCAAGAAAUGCUGUGGAGUUAAUAUUUGCAGAGAGGCAAGUUAAGGAAGAUUUAACAAAAUAUUUCGAUUCAGUUGCAAAAACUAUGGGAGUCUAUAAGAAUAAAAUCCAUUCUUAUGAAUUAUAGGUUAAUACAAUUACCAUGAUUUAGUUAUUCUGACGUAGAUAUUAAAAUUAGUCCUUUACGAUAAUAAAUUAAUGAUUCAUUGUUAAAGUGAUCACUAUUCAAUCAUGUCAUUAGAGAUAA